GUUGACCGCUAAUUCAGCCUUUGAAUUCAAAGCAUAAUGAAGUUUCUUCUCUUUCGUUUAAAAAGAAAAUAUUUAUCCAUUUUAUUGCACCCAUAAAUCUUUUAGUCAUCGAUUCAACUCCGCUACCGUUUCUUCCUCUCAAUCUCCCAACUUCAAAAAUUCCCCAAAAUUUUAUCUUUUCUGCCCCCAUCACCCGUAGAUCUCUCAAUUCUUCACAAAUCACAACCAAUUCUGAUUCAGUCAUUCAGGGUCAUUUUGCUUAACGAAUUCGUAAAAUUUUGAUGAGAUUCUUGAAGAUUUUACCGCUGAAAAGUGGUCAGUUGUGGUCCAAAAGCCGAGCUCUUGACAUUUCUUUUUGACAUUUUCAGACAAUCCCUGAAAAGUUUUGAUCUAGAUGUUGUUUUACUUUCGUUGAGCUACAGGAGAUGUAUAAUAAAGUUGGUGAUUUUCAUAUUUGUUUGAUUGAAUUUGAAUAGUUGGCUCUGGGAAAUUGAGGGUUUUGCACAGUUUUGAAGGCUUAUUUUGAUGGCUGUGGAUGGAUUAGUUGAGCUUAAAUUCAGGCUUGCUGAUGGCAGUGAUAUUGGGCCGAGCAAGUAUAGCUCUACCACAACUGUCACUUCUCUCAAAGAAACAAUCAUUUCAGAAUGGCCCCAAGAUAAAGAAAACGGACCUAAGUCCAUAAACGAUAUAAAGCUCAUUAAUGCUGGGAAGAUACUAGAAAACGACCGAACACUUGAUCAGUCACGAACUCCUCUAAGUGAAGUUCCAGGAGACGUCAUCACAAUGCUCGUCGUAGUGCAAUCUCCUCUUCCAGACAAACACAGUGAUAAAUUGCAGGAUGAAUCCCAGAAUAAGACUGGAUGCUCAUGCUCGAUCAUGUAACGUAUUUGGCAGAGCCAAAGCAAUGUCGUUUACAAACAUUUUACAUGAGUUCAGUUUCCGGCAAUGAUGUGAAUUUUAGAGCACUUUAUUUAUAUAUUUUAUAAACACAACAAAUUCAAAUAUUGUCCCUA